AUGGGUUCGUAUCAAAGACCAGUGAGGAUUGCGAACUGCUCAGGUGCAGUGCCGGAUCCAGGAUAUCAAGUAAGCCUUUGCAAUCCAGCAUCACUGUAGAACACGUUCAGGGAUCAUCGCAACGAUUGUCAUCGUCGUUUGGCGCUGUCCGAUGAGCCUGAAGCCCGGUGAUGGCCGGGAGACGAUGGUCUUGCGACACGCGAAGAGACCUACUGAUGGCGUUGAAUCUAGAUGUACAACCAGGCAAAGUACGGCCCAGUCGAUGUCAUCACCGGAGACUAUCUCGCAGGUAUGUGGCUGGCGUCCACGGUCGAUUGAUUGGACGUUCCACUGAACAAAUGAUCAGAGAUCAAUCUGGGCAACGAUGCCGAAGCCAUGUCGAGAGGCGAGCACCCUGGCUGGAUCCCAACGGCCUGGGAUGGCAUCGAGCAGUCCGCCGAACUCAUCCACGAAAAGCGGAUCAAAGUCGUAAUCAACGGCGGUGCUCUCAAUCCCAAAGGUCUCGCGCUGAAAGUCCACGAAUUCGUAAAGUCGAAACAUCUGGACUUGACAGUCGCGUAUGUGCAAGGCGACGACCUCAUGCGGAAGAUGCAAGAUAUUCUCACGGACGAGGAGGCUCUGCCGCAUCUCGACAAGAGCAACUCCAGCGUCCACUUGGCCAAUGACACCAAAGCUUUCCUAGCAGACAAGGAGCGCAACAAGAUUGUCUCGGCCAAUGCGUAUCUUGGGGGUCGAGCGAUCCGUCGUGGGCUGGAGGCGGGUGCCGACAUCAUCAUCUGUGGCCGUGUGGCAGACGCUUCUCCCGUGAUCGGUGCCGCGGCGUGGUGGCAUGGCUGGGCGGAAGACAACUUCGACGCUCUAGCAGGCGCUUUGGUCGCGGGACACCUGAUUGAGUGCUCCAGCUACAUCACCGGAGCCAACUUUGCGGGUUUUGACAAGUACGACAUCGCUGAGCUUCUCAAUCUUGGAUUCGGCAUUGUCGAGGUCGACGCUCAGGGAGACUGCAUCGUCACCAAGCAUGAAGCCUUGAACGGGUUCGUGACGGCCGAUACUGUCAAGUGUCAGUUCCUCUACGAACUGCAGGGCAACAUCUACCUCAACAGCGAUGUAAAGGCAGACACAACACACAUCCGCAUCGAAGACGCGGGCAAGGAUCGAGUUAAAGUCUCCGGCACCAAAGGUCACCCACCACCAGCGACGACCAAAUUGGCCAUCUUCUACCGCGGCGGCUUCCAGUGUGAGCUCCUGUUCAACGCCACCGGAUAUGCCACCGCGAAAAAGUUUGCCCUCCAUGAAGCCCAGAUGAGGUCCAAGUUGCAGGACUGGGGUCUGCUGGACAAGUUCGACAUUCUCGAUUUCCAGUGGAUCGGACGCCCCGAGCCCAACCCAUCCUGCCAAUUCGCGUCGACCACAUACCUGAGAGUAUUCGCUCAGGCGCAGGAUCAAGACGUCGUAGCCAGAGUCCUGCCAGCCUUCGCGGCGAACACCAUGCAGCAUUUCGCAGGCUUCCACUCCUCUCUCGACUUCCGGACCGCCAUCCCCAAACCCUUCCUGGCAUUCUACCCGGGCCUGAUCGAGCAGAGCGCGCUCGACGAAGCCGUCUGCAUCAUCCUCGACAAAGCCAACUCCCCCCAAAUCGAAACCUUACCCGUAGGACCUCCCAAGCAGACAGAACCUCUCGAAGCCCGCGAAGAUUACGAAACCCGCCAUCCCGCAGACCUGCACUCCUUCGGCGAGACCGUCCUGGCGCCCCUCGGCGACCUCGCCCUCGGGCGCUCCGGCGACAAAGGCGCCAACGUCAACUGCGGCCUCUUCGUGCACACCGACGAAGCAUGGGCCUGGCUGCGCUCGCUGUUGACGCGCGAGAAAUUCCGGGCCAUGAUGGGUUCCGAUUGGCAAGACUGGUACCACCUGGAACGCGUCGAAAUGCCCGGGAUCCGAGCGGUCCAUUUCGUCGUCUACGGGCCCCUCGGACGCGGAGUCACGAGUUCGAGGAUUCUCGAUGCGUUGGGCAAGGGGUUUGCCGAGUUCAUUCGUGCGGUGCACGUUGCGAUUCCGAAGAAGUUUCUGGACGAGCAGCAGGCACGUCUGCUGUAG